UAAUUGACUAUGAAGGUCGAAAACUAAGCAUAAGUUCUAAACAGUCGGAAUCACGUUUUUGCCUUUUCAAAGAUAUUAUUGACUCAAACCUGUAGUGGUUUGUGAUUAUGCCCAUUAAAAGGGGUCAUAUUGCACCACACAACACCUACAUUGUAACUCUUAUUAGGAAUUUUGACUCUCAGUAUGAAAACUUUAUCGUGGCAAAUGCCACACUUCCUUCCAGACCAAUUAUAUACUGUAGUGAUGGGUUUUGCGAGCUUCUUCGAUAUACGAAGGGCCAGCUUAUGCUCAAGUCUUCAGCUUUAUCAAUUUUCUAUGGACCGGAGACUACUGUUGAUUCGAUGGAGACUUUGUUGGCAGCCCUUAAUCAGACUAACGAGACGGAAGUGCUUAUGAACCUUUAUUCCAGAGACAAUUGCGUUAUAUGCUUCCGCAUUGUUGUAACUCCUGUUCGAGACGAGACUGGUGGGUUGCCACUCUACCUACUUUUUUUCAGAGAAGAGAUCAAUAACACACAAACCCUCGUGCAAAUGAACAAAGGACCAGGUCUGCGCACAAAGUGGCAGCUAAAAUCUUUUCGAGUAAACAAAAGCCCUAACCAUAUUCCGAAAAAUCCCAUUCGAACUAACAUAUCAAAAUCUACCAAACCUUCUGUCUUAGACGUGAGAAAGCAUUUCAGAGAUAAGAAGUGUGAUACAUCUGAUUCGAAGCUGGGCACGGUAGGUGAAGGUACUACUAUAACGGAGUCAUUGGCUCGUCCACAAAGCUUAUCUUCAAGCGAUCAGAUCCAAUUUAUUGAAGACUAUCCAAAUAAGUGUGUAUCUGGUCAGUCUAAAGAAUGUCGUCCAACUUCCUUAUUCUUGCCUAAAAGUCAAGACGAUUCACUUAAAAGAGAAUCUCUAUCAAAAAUCGAUGUUUCAGAAAGCCAGCACGGGACUCCUAAAUGCUCUGACAAAUCUAAGCGUAGACCAUCUACAUGGUAUAAAGGUUACACUGAAGAUGAGAGUUCAGAAAUAAUUCAUGGUUCUUCCAGAAAAAGCCGGCACUUACAUCCAACCACUGAAGAGUCUGAGGCCCUGCAAUUGGUGCUGAGUAGUCAUGCAGAGCCACCAAAAUCAUCCGUUACUGAGAAAUUUGCUCAAUUUCUAUCUAUGGAUGAAGAUUUACAUGUUGAGCAUCGUUUUCAAUCUCCACGUAUGCAUAAAUUUACAUUGAAACAUUAUAGUGUUUUUAAAGCUGUUUGGGAUUGGAUUAUAUUAGCACUUAUUAUCUAUACAGCUAUUUUUACUCCAUAUGUAACUGUUUUUCUCAUGAAUACAGGAAAUAAAUAUGCAAAAUUAAUUUCACCAGGAAACAUAACAACGACAACACUACUGACAGCGAUCACUUUUGAUAUAAAUCGUACACAGAAUGAAUCUUCAACAAAUAAUCAUUCUGAAUCAUCAGAUAUUCUUCAUACUGCCCACCCAUCAAUCACUACCUCCUCAUCGUCACCAACAUUAUUAUCCACAGUGGACAUCUUAGUUGAUGUCAUGUUCAUCAUUGAUAUUUUAAUUAAUUUUCGUACUACUUAUGUGAAUAAAAAUGAUGAAGUUGUCUCACAUCCAAAACGUAUAGCUGCUCAUUAUAUUAAAGGCUGGUUUAUUAUUGAUCUGGUAGCGGCGAUCCCAUUCGAUUUGUUAUUUUUUCGUACAGCUGGAGAUCAACCUACUGCUCUUACAGGUUUAUUAAAAUCAGCUCGUCUUUUACGUUUAGUGGGUAUCGUACGUAAAUUGGAUCGAUAUUCGGAAUAUGGUGCUUCUAUUUUAGUACUAUUAACAGCAUUAUUCGCUUUAAUUGCCCAUUGGUUAGCGUGUAUUUGGUAUGCUAUUGGUAAUGCAGAACAUUUGUAUAGAGAUCCAAAAAUUGGUUGGUUAGAUACAUUGGCUGUACAUACUGAACAAUAUUACACUGAUCAACCGAAUUCCGGUCCUGAUUUAAAAACAAAAUAUAUCACUGCAUUGUAUUUCACUUUUUCUAGUCUUACAUCAAUUGGUUUCGGUAAUGUCAGUCCUAACACAAAUGCUGAAAAAGUAUUCUCUAUUAUAGUAAUGUUAGUUGGUUCUUUAAUGUAUGCAAGUAUAUUUGGUAAUGUUGGUGCAUUAAUUCAACGUCUUUAUAGCGGGACAGCCAGAUAUCAUGCACAAAUGUUACGUAUUAAAGAAUUUAUACGUUUUCAUCAAAUUCCAAGUCCAUUACGUCAAAGGUUAGAAGAAUAUUCUACACAAGUAUGGGAGCAUACAAAUGGGAUAGAUAUGACAAUGGUUCAGUAUAGUUUUCCGGAAUCAUUACAAUCUGAUAUUUGCCUUUAUGUAUAUCGUCAUUUUUUAAGUGGAUCGGCUGCAUUUAAAUCAUUAAAUGAUGGUUGCCUUCGAAAUAUCUCUUUAAGAAUUCGUUCUUCUCAUAUGCCACCAAGUGAUACUUUAGUACAUACUGGUGAUUUACUCACAGCUAUGUAUUAUGUUGUUAAAGGCAGUUUAGAAGUUGUAACAACAGAUGAUAUUAUUUUAGGUGUAUUAAAUCCUGGUGAUUUUUUUGGUGGUCUACCUCCAUUAGCUAGUGUACAAAAAAAUCCUUAUACUGUACAAAUGAAUUCUGGAUGGGAUUAUUGGUCAGAGAAUCAUUUGAAUCCUAUGAAUACAAAUGCAAAAUAUAUGCAAAUGGAUGAUUAUUCAUCUAUGCCUAAUACUACUGGUACUACAACUAAUUAUAAUAAUACUAAUAAUCAUAAUCAUAAUUCAAACAGUGUAAUUUAUCAACCAAAUCCACCUCCAAAAUCACGUUUUGCUGUUCGUGCAUUAACUUAUGCUGAUGUACAAUUUAUUGAUCGGCAUGAUUUAGCUGAAUUAUGUUCUAUUUAUCCAGAAUUAUCAUUAAGAUUAUUAGAACGUUUUGAAUUAACAUUACCGCUAACUAUUUCAUCUGAUACAAAACUUACCAAUACUACUAAUACGGAUCGUUGUUCUACCAUACCUAAUGUUGAAUCUUUCUUAGAUACAACAUCAUCAUGGCAUAUUGUUUGUUCACUUUUAACUGGUUCAUUAACAUCACCUGGAUUAUCGAAACGUCCAAGUGAUUAUUCAAAAUUUUGUAUGUUAAAUGAAACGUCAUAUCAAAAUAGAUGUUUUGAUAAUCCAUUUAUUGGGAAACCAUCAUGGGAAUUAGAACGUUAUCAACGUUUAUUUGAUCACGGUGCAUUGUCAUUUCAUUUAACUAGUUAUUCAAAUGCUCAAAUUCCUGUAUGUUUUAUUGAUACAUUAUAUAAUAAUAAUGAUAGUAAUAAUAAUAAUAAUAAUACUUCAGGUGUUACUGCACCGUCCACACAUCAACAUAAUCCAGUUACACGUAAAUCAGAAUCAUUUACUAUGUGUUCAACGCAUUCAUCUGAACAAAAUUAUUCAUUGCCUAUUACACCUGUGACAAAUACUCAAACAUUACAUGAACGUCGAAUGCGUAUGCGAUUAGCGCGUAAUCUUCCAACCAGACAACAUCAACAAGUACCACCUCCAACAAUACCAUCAGUUCUAGUGCCCCCUACUUCUUCUUCUUGUUCUUCUGUGUCAAACCUUCCAGUAAAAUCAUCUGAUAAAAAUCGUAUGAUUCAUUCAUCUGUGAUAUAUCAACCGACAACUUUACAUGAUUCGAAUAAUCUAAACGAAGAGAAAGAAAUUAUUGAUUUGCUUGUGAAGCGUUUUGCUAGUGUAGAAAAGUAAGUGGAUUUAUUUCUCUUAUUUAUUAAUAUAUGUAUGUCAUGAAGAUUUUCAGCUUAGAUGGAUACUUUUGAUGUUGUUGAAUUCUCUGGACUAGUUGGUUGGAUUGCAAAACUUUCACAGUCGUUCUGGACAACAUGAGCACCCAUCUCAUUCAGAGAUAAGCUUCUUAACUAUUCCACCAGUCUUAAAUAAGUUUCUCCUUAUUGGCCUCGUUUGUUGUUUUAUUCAAGCUAACUAUCUUGCUCAGUUGAUCUCUGACUAUGUGCUUGAUUAACAUGUUUCGAACGGGUUGAUAAAGCGAGUCAAAUCCAAUGUAUCAUUCACUACUAAUUGGUCUGAAUAUCAUGCUUUGAGAAAUCCUCUGUUAUUCUUAAAAUUUCCUCAAGUCGGAGUUUUGACGUUUUCCUAGUCAAAUUCAUGUCCAUAUUAGUCUACAUGCGUCAGUCAUUCAUUAACAACGUAGAACCUGUAUGUACGUACAUCAUUUCAAGUUGCCAUACCCCAUUUACACAAAGAGAUUAAUUUGUAAAACCAAAUCUCAGAGUGGUAGCGGUAGCAACAAUGUCAGUGGUAUUAGGAAAGGUUCGGCAUCGAAGAUACGGCCCAAAAUGAAAAUAUAAAUUAGCAAAAUAAAAACAUUGUUAUGAAGUAUUUAGGUUCUCAGGAUUUGUGGGAAGACAGAGAAUGGAUGCACCUGCGCCAUUGCAAGUGAUUUUAAGUUAUGUGAUUGAAAGUUUCUAAUCAUUGGUUACGAUAAUCACGCGGACCCCAACCAAGUGGCAUAUACCUGUUCAUUAAGCUGCUGCUUUUAGUCUUACCGUUUUCCAACCGACCUUCCUGACAUGGUAGGAUCUAAAGGAACAUGCGUUCCCAGCCAUUAUAACUCUGCUGAGUCAUCGCGAUAGACAAGUCCGACCUUCACACCAAGGUAGUACUUACUGUCGGGUUCUGCAUGCAUGGAUGUUAGCAAUAGCAUAUCGUAUCGUUUCACUAAUGGAUAGCCUGUGUUCGUGUAUGCAUAAAUCAAUAGAUUGUUUACCUUGUUCAAUAUAGUGUUAGUUACAGUUGAGGCAGUGUAUUGUGUAGAUUAUGUUUCAUUUGUCGUCUUUCGCUGUUAUGUCUUUUGGUCUGCAUAUAAUCGCAUGAAGUGAAUGCGUUGGUUCAUAGGUGACAUUUAUCUUAGGUUUUUUAAAUCCUCGUGAGAAUUUCUUAAAUACUGAUCAGAUAUUUGAUAGAACUAUCAGUUCUCGACAAUCAAUCCAAAAUAAGGCCACCACAAACAAAAGCUCCGCAGUUGAACCAUCUAGCUCAGAGAACGCAACAAUCUCUCUCUCUCUUGGAGUUACUCUUUGAGUUAUGAAAACUAUUUAUUCUGCCUGGUCGUGGUUGCUCAAAAGUGAAGUAGAUGAGUAAGUGUUUGAACCAGCGAUUUAAUCGAACCUAUUCUGUACGUAAAUUCCGAAAUGCACUUCUACGCUUUUACAGAAACCUCACACGUGAUACUAAAUAAAUACUGUAGGAUACAAACAGUAUCAUAACAUAGUUGUUGACAUUUUUUCUUUCUGUGGAAAAACUUGAUAAGAGGAAUAUAUUCAAAUCCAUUAUUAUGUAUGCUUCCAGGUUUCCAACGGUGGUCUAACGUCAACCGGUUCAUGAUCUCAAUCGAAAACGUAAUAAUCUCCAAAACCCCUAUACUGAUAAUUAUAUAUGACUUGGAAAUAAUUUUGGUAAUUAUAGGGUUGAACAUGAAUAGUAGGUAAAAGUUUUGACAUAAUAAUAACCUAGUAAUGCUUUACAACUUAAUCAAAGGUUAAACAUUAGAUAUGAUAGAGAUUACACUACUAAAUGAUCUACUAGUAGUAUACUUAGAUCUUUCUGAAUGAUUUAGCAACCUGUUGUUUUGUUCUUCACUAUUUCAUCAGUAAGGGGUUGUAUAGACUGUUGAAUCUCAUUGGAAAUACAAACGGAUGACCAUUCUGUCUGAGUAUGUAGCUCCUCAACAGUGGGCAUCCACGAAUUCAAAUAUGGGAAUCGAACCCUAGACCUUCGUUCUCACGCGCGAACGGCUAGCCUCUAAACCAUUGAGCCGGCAUCCAUUUAUGUUGAUGUUUUACUUCAACGACAUAUUACGCGACCAUCUUUCAUUGUGUUUAGUAGAUAACUGACUUACACCCGACACGGUUUUUAACUAGAACUCCUAAAAUUCCUCUCAAAGCUAGUCAUUAGUGCGCGCACGAUAGUCUUCAAUAUGGGAGUUGUGGAAAUUAUCGAAUUUCAUUGGAAUCAUUUCCUUUGAUUCAAUAGUUUGUUUGUAUGUUCGUGAAUCGUUAAAUUAUAAUGACUUAGUAAUUUUGUUGUAUGUUAACUUGAUUAAAAAUCGAUUGCUUCUUGUAAAUUAACUGUACAUUAGUGUAUGUAUGUAUGUAUGUAUGUAUGUAUGUAUGUAUGUGUUAGGGGAUCACUGCAUUAUUAAGCCUACUUUUAACCUUUUAUUCUAUCUAGUCUAUGUAAGAAAUCUGUGUAUCACAUCAUGAAUGACUAAGAUCUUGACCCUUGUUAAUGAAUUGUGAUGAUUCACAUGCCCCAUCUAUAAAAGUUAUUUUUAUUUAUUUAUCUAUCCAUAUAUACGACUGUGUAAGUUCUUGUUUAUCUGUAUGCCUGUGUGUGUAAUGUAUCAAUUUGUCCGUUUUUUUUUGUGAUACCAUGACAAUACAAGUCUAGUCCUCUCUACACCCAUAGGCAGUUUAGUCCAUAUGUAGUGAACAGAACACGGGUUGGGCCAAUCGAAUGUAUUUAACCUACAAUUACAGGACUUGUUAAUAAAAUCUAAUUUACAAAAUGUCCAUCGAUUGUCUCAAAAUGACUCGGACUUCAUUGUUCUUCCAUUUCCAUACAAAUUGCAUUCUGCUUCCAGACCUUCUGUUCACAACUAACAUCAGAUACUACUUAUGUCAAUAUGAGUAGAACACACCACACAUAGACUGAUAAAUUAACCAAUCACAAUAAGGCUUUAUAUAUAUACCUUCAUUUUAUGGUGAAUGUUUAAUGAGAAUGAAUUUCGGAUGUAAGUACCAGUGGUUAUUUCAUUAUAGCAAGGUACGUGACGUAUGUUAUUUUAAUAAAAUAAUUAGGAUUAUUUUGUGUAUUAAAUUGGGCGAAUAGAUUAUGAUAGUAUUCGUGUAGUUCCUUAUUGUGAGUAGUUAUGUUGAUUCAUAUUUUGUGAUGCUUAGACAUAAGACAUCUGGCAAUCACAAUUGAUUGAUCACUGGGUGGUGAUCAGUGUCAUGCUUGUCUAGUCCUUAUUAGUGCAGAUCGAAUGCUAUCGACCAUGUUGCAAUGUGGCCACCAGUCUAAUUGACUCGACACUGCGGGCACUAUAUAUUGAGAUUUAUGUGGUUAACAGUCAACAGUCCUGUUGACUACCUCCAACCACCAUCUACAUCUGGCAAUAUAAGAGAACAUUUAUUCAAUUAAACUCUCUCGUGUAGUAUAUUGACCAGUAUUCCUCUUUACAACUGUGUUGUGGAUACACUUGAGUAACUAGUAUUCAAUCUUAUCUCUUCAAAGCACUGCCUGGGUAUGUUGGAACCACUGAAUGAGUAAUGUUGAUGCUAGAUGCAGAGUACUAGGUGAAAACAGUAAAUUACUUGGUACAAUAAUAAACAUUCACCAUCUGAAAUGAUUGUGAUAUGCAUUACGUAUUGCCAACACCCGUCUACCUCGAUGUAGGAUGUUGACUGAGGUAGAAGUAGGUUGGGAGGGAACUAGUCGGCGGCCAAAUGAAAACGUGGCAUCAAUCCAUAAACUUAUAGAUUCCUGCACUGAGUCAUUUUGGUAAAUUCAAACUACGUGUUCGGGUUUUGCCGGAUAAUCACAAUUAGUGGUUAGAAACAUCUGGUGGUGAGAUGUCUCAUAAUUGACCACAAACACGCAACGGUAUUCAAUCCUUGUUUUGCCUUAGUUUAUAAAUUAUUUUCUAUCUUUUGUUAAGCGAAUUCGUCCAUUAUUUCUGAAUCAUAUCUCCUAUUUCUCAUAAUUUUCCUAUUUCAAUCUCAUUGCUACUAAUGCUCUUUCAACUAUUUUGCUAUUUUUCUUGUAAAUUGUUAUCACACUAUGAUAUAGUGUGUGUAGCAGUGCAUAUCUUGUCUUAAAGUACUCUGGGUGCUAGGGGAACAUACAGAGCAGCUCAUGUGAGGAAAUAUACAAAAAGAGAAAAUGAGCCGACGACUUAGUAAGUACAUAAAAUUCACUUACAUUUAGUCAUGAAAGCGAUCGAUAACAAACAGUAAUAGAGUGCAACUAAGGCAAUUCAAUAAUCACAACUGGUAGUACUACCGUGAGAUUUCGAAUCUGUUUAAGUUUGACAUUAUAACUCAGACUGAUUUAGAUAUGCGAUACAUUCUAUUUUGCAUAUAAUUGGUUGAGGGUUGAUUAGGGUCUAAAUCAGUGACUUGUUAAUUGACAGUUGAUAUCACAAACAACACAAAAAGUUGUUUCUCAAAUCUCAAUCAUUUAUCAUUAAUGUUAAGCUUUGGAAAAAUGUACUCUAGCCAAAGUGGCCAUAACACAUUAAUCCUACUAGGUAAAUAGCAAAAUUUUAGAGUAUACAAACUAAUCCUCGUCUGUUGAAUCAAUUUCAAUAAGUGAUUUUUUUCCCUAGAUAUACAGUAUAGUGUUUUCAUGAUGCUUUCAUAAUCUCAAAAUAGUUUGAGCUUUUUGUUUUUCACCUCAUUUAUACCUUGGUGAUUAACUAAUUUGCUUCGGUCUAAGAACCCAGGUAGUAUCACAGCCCACACACAAAUCAAAUGACUUGUGGUGCAUAUGUAGUCGGUGUCCCUUUAUACCAAUAUUUAUAUCUCAAUAGUUGAGAUCAUGAGUCAAUUGGAGCUAGACCAGCAUGGAAAACCUGGAAGCACUGGACGGCCGUUCCGUCCUAUUGUAGGACUCCUCAGCAGUUCGCAUCCACGCAUAAACAUAUGCCCACUAGUGACUGGCUUCAAGAGAUAUAUCCUGGAGUUCCAGUGAGAAUCAGUGACCAGUGGAGUUCGACCGGGUCAUUUGUGAGAUAGUAACUCACUGAUGACAAUGGUGGAUGUGUCGCUCAAUUUCGUGGAUUAGUUGAAGUUAGACAUUAACACCAUUGGAUGCCGGCCAGCUCAGUGGUCUAGUGGUUAAGUGCUCGCGCGCGAGACCAAGUGGGUCCUGGGUUCGAAUCUUGCAGGGGGGCGAGGUCGUGGAUACGCACUUCUGAGGAGUCUCACAAUAGGACGAAACGGCCGUUUAGUGUUUUCAGGUUUUCCAUGUUGAUCUAGCUUCAACUGACUCAUGAUAUCAACUAUUGAAAUCACUAAAAUCUCCACAAAACCCCUUCUGAUACCAACAUUUAUAUGUUCAAAUACAUAAAUUGAUAAAUUGAUUAACUAUGGAUUUUAUAUAACUUCGGAAUGUCACAUUAUGUUACCUGUCUGUCACGAGAAGAAAAAAAUUCGAUCAAAUGGGUUUUUUUUUUGACCUCAUUUUUUGUAAGAGGAGAUAAUGUUCUGAGACUGAAAGUAUAUUGUCCUUGAAUAAUCAAUUAGUAAGAAAAAUUAAAGAGAUACUGUAAUAAUAAUACGAAAGAUACAAUGAUUCUAUGUGCUGUUAUUCUGUAGAAGAGUCAGUCAGUCAGUAACAACGUAGAACUUCGUACGUACGUACAUCAGUUCGAGUUGCUAUACCACAUUAGCACAGAGAUGCAGUUGUCAAUUCAAACCCCAUAGUGGUAGAGGUAGUAAGAGUAUAAGCAGUAAUCGGAAAGAUUAGGGUUUGAAGAUAUUAUUCAAGGAGUAUAAUCCUGUGGAAGAGUACUUUAUAUGAAUUCAGAGUAAUAAGUUAAGGUAACAAAAACGGUGAAUGUGAGUGUAAAUCUUCAUCAGUUGAGGUGACUUUGACAUACACAAUAUGUUCGAAAUUACUGCCUAUCGUAACACACAGUAUUGGCUAGUGUAAGAAUAGGUUGAAAGAAAACUAAGAAAUGGCGAAAUCGAAACCUAGGAUUAGUUGUUAUAGUCAUUUUAUGUCUGUGUGAACCAUGUAGUCAGAUUCAGGUUUGAUUGAAGUUUGUGUGGUUAUCCAUAACCAAUGAUUAAAUAUGUUGGAUGACAGGAUUUAGAUUAGAUUACGGUGGUGUCCAUACUUUUUAUAACGCAAAUUCAUUCAUCUCGAGUUAUACCGUUUAUGCGUAAUUUUCUCUAUUAUUACUGAUACUGUUUCUAGUUUUAUUACUCUGGGUGUAGUCUUGAUGAUUCGAUCUCUGCGGGCUGAUAUGCCAGUUCAAAAUCAAAUCACUUUAAUUUCUAAAGUCUUCGAAAAAGGUUUAUAUAUAUAUAUAUAUAUAUAUAUAUAUAUAACGGAUUGCAUUUAAUCAGGCAACCACUGAAGACCAGGAAUCACUGGACAGCUCUUUUGUACUGGUAUUAAACUCCUCAGUAGUGAGAAUCUGCAACCCCAGGGCUUUUAGGUAUCUCAGCAAGUGUCUGAUCUCCAGACAGUCGAUAUUUAAUGUUUUACAUUUUCAACUUCAACCAGUUUGUGAUUUAGAUCUCUCAGCGAGACCUAAAGGUCAUGGGUUCGAUCUCCAACGAGGGAUCACGGAAACAGCAUUGGAGAGCUAUAUAGUAGGAAAAAUACAGGUGUCCACUGCUCCGUUCUGGUUUUUACUCGUUGUACAGCUGAGGUCAUUUCAUGAUGCAAACUAUGAUUUUUAUUUGCUUCACAAAAAAUAUGUCUGUUCAAUGUCUAAGUUUAUUUUCUUUAUCGAUUUGAACUUCGCCUGUAGCUCCUCUAGGGAUACUGCUAGUCCUAAGCCCAUCCAAAUGAGGUGCGUUGUGCGUGGGGUCGGCAGUUUCAUCCCGUAGGAAAUAACCUUGCUAAAAAACGCUAACCAGAAUAGAUAAAUUAAACCAUUUAAUUUCUGUUUUCCAAGUUAGAGGAAGAAUUAUGACGCCUCAUGAUGAAAGCCGAGACUCUUCGGAAGUCACGAGACUGAUGUCGCUUCUAACAAUCAGAGCAACAAUUAACAUGGGUACAUGAAAUAUUCGGUCAAUGUGAGAAACCGGGAAGACCAGUCAAAUAGCAACAAAAUUGAGGAGAUACAACUUGGCGGUUCUCGUAAUCAGGGAAACCCACUGGACCCAAGCUGGACAACAAAGACUAGAUAUGGGAGAGAUGCUGCCGUACUCUGGUCACGAAGAGGAAAAUGUUCCGCACACUCAAGGGGUUGCUCUGAUGCUGUCCAAAGCAGCACGUAAUGCAUUUAUAGGAUGGGAACCUCAUGAACCCAGGAUUGUCAAAAAAUCAUUCAAAACAAAGUAGGGAAUUACAACGAAUGUGAUCCAGUGUUAUGCACUCACCAAUGAUAGCAAUGACGACGAUAAAGAUCAGUUCUACGAGAGGUUGUAAUCAAUCAUAAACAAGUGCCCAGUAAAUGACCUUACUAUCCUGGUAGGAGAUCUAAACGCCAAAGUCGGGAUGGACAACAACGGUUAUGAAGACAUUAUGGGACUACAUGAACUAGGAGAAAGGAAGGAGAAUGGCGAGAGAUUUGCAAAUCUAUGUGCAUUCAACAAAUUGGUUAUAGGCGGCACAAUAUGCCUACUCAAAGCUACAUGGAUCUUACCGGACCACACCACAGGGAACGAGAUAAAUCAUAUUUUCAUCAGUUAAAGAAUUCACAAGGUUAAUGGAAGACGUGAGAACUAGGAGAGGAGCUGACAUAGCUUCAGAUCACCAUCUUGUUUUGGCCGAGAUGAAACUAAAGCUAAAGAAGCACUGGACAACUUAGAAGAUCGUCAAUAUCAUCCGGAAUUCAUACGAUGGACUACAAUGCAAAGUCAUGCACGGAGGACAGCUAACAGAUACAUUCCAAGUGAGGACCGGAGUCAGACAAUGUUGCUUACUCCCCCCUUUCCCUUUCUUCUGGUGGUUGACUGGAUUAUGAAGGCCUACCCAUCUAAUGGGAAGCACGGAAUACGAUGGGCAGGUUAGAUGCAACUAAAUAAUUUGGACUUUUCAGAUGAUCUGGCACUUCUAUUCUAUACACAUCAAAUGUAGGUCAAGACUGUCAGUGUAGCAGCAGCCUUUGCAUCAGUAGGCCUCAACAUACACAAAAGAAAAAGCAAGAUCCUCAACUACAACAGGGAGAACACCAACGCAAUCAUACUUGAUGGCGAAACUCUUUGAGAGGUGGAAUCUUUCACGUACCUGAACAGCAUUAUCGAUGAACAGGGAGAAUCUCAUACAGACGUAAAGGCGAGGAUUGACAAAGCAAGGACAGCUUUCUUACAGUUGAAGAACAUAUGGAACUCAAAACAACUAUCGACCAAUAUCAAAGUUACAAUCUUCAAUACGAACGUCAAGACAGUUCCACUGUAUGAAGCUGAAACGUGACGAUCUACCAUAACCAUCACCAAAAAUGUACAAGUUUUUAUAAACAAUUGAUACUGAAUGUCCGUUGGUCGGAUACCAUAGACAACGGUCUGCUUUGUGAGAGAACAAACCAGCUUCCAGUUGAAAAGAAAAUUAGAAAAAGGCGCUGGAAGUGCAUAGGACAUACAUUACGCAAAUCAUCACACUGCAUCACUAAGCAAGCACUAAUUUGGAAUUCUGAAGGGAAACAGAAAAGAGGAAGGCCAAAGAACAUACUACGGCGAGAAACGGAAGUAGACAUGAAAAUGAUGAAUAGCAACUGGAAACAAUUGGAUAGGAUUGUCCAGGACGGAGAAUACUGGUGGGUGGCCUAUGCUCCUCCAUAAGGGGGGGGGGUAACAGGCACAAAUUGAGAAUCUUGACGUUCGUAUUUCUCAAUCGGUUACUACUAUUUUACAACAAUUAGAAAUGAAAAUAACAAAGCAUCGAUCAAUUCCAAUGUGAUAGAUUCAAUGAAUAGUUUGAUUAUUUUAUUUUCCAUUGUUUUAAACAUGUUUGCUCAAGUAUUUAGUUCUUCUUCUUCUUCUUCUUCUUCUUCUUCUUCUUCUUCUUCUUCUUCUUCUUCGUUUAGUAUUAGUAUCAGUAUUAUUGUUAGUAAUAAUAAUAAUAAUGGUCAGUGUUAUUAUUUCUAGUAUUCAUUUUGAAGCAUGGUAGAGUGUUUCUAUCCUCUAUAUAUCUAAUAACCUAUACAAAGAAAAAACUCCUUUCUGAACUUUUAAUUAUGUAUAUGUAAUGAUCUUCUCGUAAUAUAAAUUAAUUUCUACUUAGAUAGAGAAACAAGAUUGUUUCUAGAAUUUUAUGAGUUUUGAUUUGAAUUGUCAUUAUUGAUUUAUUCAUGUAGUUUUUUUUGUUUUGUUUAUUACACUACUAAUCACAAAGUAUACCUGUAGAGUAUGUGCAUUUCUAUCGAAUGUAUAUACUUAACACAUUCGUAUAAAAAUGAAAACAUUUAAUGAUCAAAUAACCAUGGUAACAAUAUUAUACCAUGAGUUGUUAAGUCAUUUUUCAGAUGUUGUUCCCUUUUUUUUGUGUGUGUAGAUUACUUUUGCCAAUGAAUCCUUAGUGGUGGUGGUAGUGUGUUCUCGUUUAUUUUUCUUGUAGACAAAUAAAAGUGAAAUAAUCAAUGAUUGUUUACUUUUCUUGUUUUUGUUUAUUAUUGAUUGAAUUCAUUAUUUGUAAAAUUAUUCAUUAUUUCUAUUAUAUUCAUCUUUUCAAUUCAUCAAUUUGAUCUAAUCAAAACGAUGUAUUCAAUAUUGAAUAGAAAAAAAUGGACGAGAUUUAUAUAUAAACAUUGAACAUAGAAACUAUUAGUGCAAUAGAAACAGAAUAUAUUUUCUUUAAAUAGUAGAGAAAUUUUCUUUAAUAUAUUUAUCUUUCAUAGAAAAUUAUUUUUUUUUUUAUUGUUCCCCCCCUCCCUCUUUUGUUUUAACGAUAUACUUAGUGAAUAGUUUGUAAAACAUUAUCGAUUUUUUGUUGUUGUUCAUUUAUGCAAUUAUUGUGUUUUUUUUGGUACAUUUUAUUUAAACAAAUAACGAACCAAAAAAGGCAUUUAUUAUCUACCAUGUAAUGGGAGGUACUCAUCUAUCAACCACUGGUAACUCUAUCUAAUAUACAGAGAUUAUUCUGUUCAAUAUUAUUUUAUCUAGUUUUAUUUUCUCUUCUAUUUCGUUGUGAUUUAUUUCCACCCCCGACCCUCCAAAAAAGAGUUUUCUUUUAUGUGUGCAAUAAUAAUUCCUUUUUUUUUGUGUGUGUUAAGGGAGUUGUUCAUUCAUUGUUACGUUGUAGAAAAUUGUAUAGUUGACAUAUUAGAUUAUUCAUAUAAUAACAAUAAUAAUUUUCUUAGAUAAAACAUUAAUUCAUAUAGAAACGUGUAUACAAUCGGAUUCUUCAAUCAUACAUAUUCAACAAAUGAUGAUAACAAUAAUAAAGGACCAAUCCAUUUUCUAGUCGACCUUCUUUUAAACUAUCUUGAUUUGAAAGAACUAUAUUCAACAGUGUUAUAUCCUUUAUUUUGUUUGGUUACAUUAUUUUACAAGAAGUAUUUGUGUAUUGACAGAAAUAAAUAAAUAGUUGUAUCAUGUCAAAUAUACCAAAUAUAUAUAUACUACUCAAUAAAUAUGUUAUAAGUUCUCAUUGAAUGCGUUUAUACAAAAUGUAAAAUAUUGUGUAUGUGGAUUCAAAAAGUUUAUCUGUGCUCAUAUUUUUGUGUAUGUAUUGUUUAUUUAAACUAUAUUGUUUUUACUAAGAAAGAUAGAUGAUAGCUAGCAGAAGAAUCCAGGAAGCACGUUUCGUCCUAUUUAGGAUUCGUCAGUCGGAUGUGCAUGUAUCCCAAAUUUGAUGUUCAUUUCGGGACUUGAAUCUAGUAGUGGGAAGAUUACGAAAAACAGUACAAAUUGUAUAUUGUUUUUGUAAAGAAACUACGUUUUUACAUUCAGUAGAUAUUCGUCAGUUGUAUCAUAUAUAUAUAUAUAUUUUAAUUGUUUAUUGUACUUUCAUUGAAGUUGAAUAGUGGCUGAUAAUGAACUUUAAGAAUCAUGAUGUUUCAUUCUCAAUGUAUGUAGUCUCAUUUGAUUUUUCUUGUUGUUAGCAAGGUUGUUAUUUUUACGGGAUGAGGUUGCUAACCCGAUGCCCAAACUUUCUCCUUUACUCGGUCUUAAAACUUACAGGAACCGUAAUAGGGCUUUAGGUAAAGUUGACGCUUAUACUUAGAUGUAGGUAUAUUCGGCUGACAUGAGUCUCGACGAGCAUAAAACAUGCGUUCUGGUUUCUAAUUCUAGCCACUAUCCAACUUUAUUAGAAUACUUGUGACUUAAUGAGAAAAGUCAGGCGAUUUGCUCAGGAUGCAGAUAUAAUCAAAAGAGAGUGUUAUUUUCAAACCUCAACGUUAACAGUUGAAAAAGUGUAAAUUUAUAUUUAUAAUGUCUGUUGUACUGUUCAUCAUAACAUUAAAUUUCCUUUAGUGAUAUAUGACUUACAAAGAAGAUAUUGUUAGAGUGCUUGUAAGUGAGGACAAUGUCACAUGUUAUUUAUAUUCAAUCAAUUGAUCUUAGUUGAAUGCUAGUAUAAGUUGAAAUAGCGUUCAAACUGAAUGGAUUUAACAGCUGUUUGUGCACCGUACAUUGAAUUGAGUUCGCAAUCCUCGGGUCUUAUAGUGAUCGUGUUAAAUUAAUUCAGCUCAUUGAAAAUCUUGAAUCCCGCAUUUUUUUGACUUCAGUCAUUCAAUUCAAUGAUUAUCCAUGGUAAUAUUCGUUUCACUCCUAACAUGGGUAAAGUACACCACCAUAUUGGUGUUUAAAACGAAAGGCAUUAAGUCCUAGUAUCAGUGUGUCUAAAUUGAUAUUUGAAAGUAUGAAUAUGUAAGUUGAUUUCUGAAAUAAAGCCAUGAUUGUGUAUACUUUUCAAUUACGAUUUCUCAAAUGAUUAGGUUACUACUACUGAAACCAGUUAAGUAAUCGGCGAAAAUAUUAACUUAUUAUCACUUUAUCUGUUUUGAAGAUUGACCUAAAUCAAAAAAUGAGCUUUGGUGAUAUAACUCAGUUGAUCUGUACAUAUAUCUUUUGCUCUACGGGACUUUUCAGUAACAGGUUUGAUCUCAUGCAUAGGAACUGAAACGUAAAGUUUGUCUAGGUAUUCUUGGUUGAUACCAGUUCUCCAUUAAACCAUUUAUUUAUGAUUAAUGUUAUGACAGUAGUGAGAAUGAAAUACAUUCCUCUUAAUAAAUUAUAUUAAUGAGAUUGAUUUACUGUAAAAUUUUACCCUUAAAAUCAUUUAACCAAUAUUUGUUAUUUUCUUCUUGAUUCAUUGCCCUACUAAAUAACUUCAAGCAAUUAUUAUGACUCCAAAACCAGUUUCCGAAACAGAAUUACGUGAAUGGGGAAAAUGUUUAUUAAAUCCAUCCGCUUCUCUAGUUGAUCGUUCUCGUGCUCUUUGGGGAUUACGUCAUGCUGCUGAACCACUAGCACUUGAAUUGUUAGCUGAUUUUGUUUGUAAUUAUGUUAAGCCAUCACCUAUCGCUAAUGAUCUUUUACAACAUGAAGCUGCUUAUUGUCUAGGACAACGUGGUGAUCCAAAAGCUGUACCACAUCUUUUACAAGCUUUACAUAAUGAUAAACAUGUUACAAUUAUUCGUCAUGAAGCUGCUGAAGCAUUAGCUGCUUUAAGUGGAUGUGAUGGUGCAGAUAUUGAAGUAAUUGAAAAAGCUUUAAAAGAAUAUGUUAAUUCAAAUAUAAUUGAGUUGGCUGAAACAUGUCAAGUUGGUUUAAAUCGAAUUGAAUGGAUUAAAAACAAGAAAACAAUCCAACAUAAAGAUUCUCAAAUAUCAUGUGAUUUAGCUGCAAAAUUGUUUCCAAAUACGAUUGAUCCAGCGCAUAGUUUUACCGGUGAUCAACAAUAUACUGAUGAACAAUUACAUGAUUUAUUAAUGGAUCCUAAUCAAAAUUUAUUUACACGUUAUCGUGCAAUGUUUACUUUACGUGAUCGUGUCUUACAAGCAGUUAUUGAUAAAGCAUCACCAGAAAAGCCAGCUAAUUUAUUAGCUGAAGGAUUAACAGCUCCAAAUAGUGCAUUACUUAGACAUGAAGUUGCUUUUGUCUUAGGACAAUUAACAGUAGCUAGUACUGUUCCACAAUUAUCUACAUGUGUUCGUCAAACAAAUGAACAUCCAAUGGUUAGACAUGAAGCUGCUGAAGCACUUGGUUCUAUUCUAGGUGAAUUAGAAGGAAAAUAUUUAACAAAAAAUGCGAAAGGUUCCGUACCGAAAGAAUUUGAACAUCAGGCACGUGAAGUACUAGAAGAAUUUAUAAAAGAUAAAGAGCCAGUGGUUCGUGAAAGUUGUGUACUGGCUUUAGAUAUUGCAAAUUAUAUUGCAUCGCCGGAACAAUUUCAAUAUGCUUCUGUACCACAAAGUUAACUAACCACUAAUUGCUAUUGGUAAUAGUAUUAUUACAUUGCCUUUUUCUGUGGACAAAUUCUACAAUGUUUUUUGUGUUAUUGUUUAUUGUUGCUAUGAUUUCAAGGUUAAUUCCUACUUGUCAUCGUAUUUUAUACUCAGGGAUUAUUGUUUAUUAAUUUUCAUGUUAAGUCUACAUUUUGGUAAACUAUGUUCUUAGUUAAUAAAUAAAUACAUAGUACAAAUGACAUUUUUUUCUCUCAGUUGUGACUAUUUGAAGUACCGCCAUAUGGUCAUGUGUACAUAGCCACCGCCAGAGGAAUCCUACUCACUGUCUUUUUUUGUAUCAGCGGUGUUGUUUACGGAAUGUAGAGGACGAAAAGGAAUUGUCCGGCGCUUUAAUCAGGUUGGCGGAUAGGAAGGUUCCGGCUAGGAGAGUUGGAAAACCCUUAUUCUAAACUAUUGGUGCACAUAGACCCCAGGAUACUGAAGGAACAAAUGGCGUAUGGACCUAUUGUUGGUCACCGGCUACCGUGGGACUGCAUCUCCUGACGUUGCUCCACUGCCUUGUGGAUCAGACCUUUAGGUCGAAGGCUCCGGCUAUGGCCCUUUAAGAAAGCCAUCUGCUUCGGCAGUAUCCCAGCCCUCAUAUAAAUUGAAUGAUUUGUGUGGCGCAUAUCUGUUUGGUGCCUCCUUGUACCAAUGUUUAUAUGUUUAAAUAAAUAAAUAGAA